AUGGUCUUCCCAAGGAUCCUUACCUCCUUCUCUCGCUCCUACUCGGGCUCCGGGUCGGUAUUCAAACAGCCUGUCCCCGAUAGCGAGCGUCGCGACGAAGACCGACCGUCGCCGUCUUCCUCCACGUCCACCAUCCAGCCUCUCAAGAGAUCCGAAGAGAGUGAAGAUGUCACCCCCACAAACGCCUAUACGCCUCGUGGUCGCCCCGCUUCCGCUAAGCUCGAGGACAAGAAGGCGGAGAAGGCAAGCUCGAACGAUGGGGGAUGGAGCUACGGCCUCGAAAGCGACAACAGCGAUAUAAGCACACUCGAUCUCGGUCCUAGUGUCACGAUCUCGACGCCGACUCCCGAGGCCACGACUCCUCUCGCUACCCAUCCGGAGUAUCCGUUUACGCCGCUUCCCCGGUCAGAGUCGCAGGGUGAUCCGUUCGAUCAGAUUAGCUCCCCGGAGCGACAGCCCGACUCGCCGGUAGUGUAUAAGACGGAGGAGUCCGAUCAACGGGCGAACGAUGUUCCUGCUCCUCAGGAGAAAGGGCCAGCGAAGACGCCGGCUCGACCGCCGAAACGCAAGUCCGAUACGGUGGUGGCCACGUUCCGCACGUUGUCGUCGUCGGGGUCGUCGCUGUUCGCAGGUCUCAGGCCGGGGGUGAACCGCGCGAGGACGUCGUUCCGCCGGGGUGGUGCGUUGAGUGACUAG